CGCUCGGAGCCACUUCCGGCUGCGGCUUCCCGGCUAGUUCCCGGCGCGAGCGGCAGUGGGCCAGUGUCUAUCUCUUCAUCCAGGGCUUGCGAGCGAGGCCUGGUUUAAGUCUCCAGUAACCGAGCGGAGGCCCGGCAGGCGCGACCCGGGCUGCGUACGGCAAAGCUGCCUCCGAAGUGGUAAAAUGUGCUGCGAGAAGUGGAGCCGCGUGGCGGAAAUGUUUCUCUUCAUUGAGGAGCGGGAGGAUUGUAAGAUCCUGUGCCUUUGCUCCAGGGCAUUUGUGGAGGAUCGAAAAUUGUACAAUUUGGGAUUAAAAGGCUAUUACAUCAGAGACAGUGGCAACAAUUCAGGAGACCAGGCGACAGAAGAAGAGGAAGGUGGUUAUUCCUGUGGUACUGCAGAAUCACAUGACAGCAAAGGCAUAGGCCUAGAUGAAAGUGAACUUGAUUCUGAGGCUGAACUCAUGAGAAGUAUGGGAUUGCCACUUCAAUUUGGUAGGAUAACUGCACAUAAGGAUUUUGAGGUAUCUAUGAAUACUAGAAAUAAAAUAAAAAAGAAAAAGAAAAAACAUCAAAAGAAAUACUUAGAUGAAAUUGUGCAAGAAUCUUGGAGAAAAGAAUAUGAAGAAGACGACAUUUUGGCUUCAGAUGAUCCAUCUUCAGUUGAACAGUAUGAGAACACCAGAACAUGUGAACUUCAAAGCAGAAAAGAUACUGAGACAGAAAAUCUUCCUGUUGAAAACACAUUAUCUCCAAAGCUAGAAAUUACAGAGAAAUGGGAAAAGUAUUGGAAUGAAUAUGGAGGAGGACUGUUGUGGCAAAGUUGGCAAGAAAAACAUCCAGAUCAAGCACUAUCUUCUGAACCUUGGAACUUUCCUGAUACAAAGGAAGAAUGGGAGCAACAUUAUAGUCAACUUUAUUGGUAUUAUUUGGAACAAUUUCAGUAUUGGGAAGCUCAGGGUUGGACUUUUGAUGCCUUGCAAAGCUGUGAUACAGAUACUUACACAUCUAAAACAGAAGCUGACAACAAGAAAGAUGAAAAAUGCAUGAAAGUUGACUUAGUAUCUUUUCCAUCUUCACCUGUUACGGUUGAUAAUGACAGCUCUGGUACAAGUGAUAAGGAUCAUAGUGAAAUACUUGAUGGAAUUAGUAACAUAAAACUGAAUUCAGAGGAAGUAAAACAGAGCCAAUUAGAUUCCUGUACAAGUCAUGAUGGUCAUCAACAGCUAAGUGAAGUUAGUAGCAGAAGACAGUGCCCUGCUUCCGGCCAAAGUGAACCACGUAAUGGAGGAACCAAUGAGGAAAGCAACUCAUCGGGGAAUACAAGCACAGACCCACCAGCUGAAGAUUCACAGAAGUCUUCAGGAGCAAACACAAGCAAAGACAGACCACAUGCCAGUGGUACUGAUGGAGAUGAAAGUGAGGAAGAUCCACCUCAGCAUAAGCCAAGAAAACUGAAGAGGAGCCAUGAACUGGACAUUGAUGAAAACCCAGCUUCAGACUUUGAUGACAGUGGUUCCCUUCUAGGAUUCAAGUAUGGCUCAGGACAAAAAUAUGGUGGAAUCCCAAAUUUCAGUCAUCGGCAGGUCAGGUAUUUAGAGAAGAAUGUGAAGCGUAAGUCUAAGUACCUGGACAUGCGCAGACAAAUAAAGAUGAAAAACAAACACAUCUUCUUUACCAAAGAGUCAGAAAAACCAUUUUUCAAGAAAAGCAAAACUCUGAGUAAGGUAGAAAAAUUCCUCACAUGGGUUAAUAAACCAAUGGAUGAAGAAGCAUCACAGGAAUCGUCUUCUCAUGACAAUGUGCACGACGCUUCCACAAGUAGUGAUUCAGAGGAACAAGACAUAUCUGUUAAAAAAGGUGAUGACCUACUGGAGGCUAGUAAUCCAGAACCUGAAAAGUGUCAGAGCGUAUCUUCAGUUGGUGAACUUGAAACAGAAAACUAUGAAAGAGACAGCUUGCUAGCAACUGUUCCAGAUGAGCAGGAUUGUGUUACUCAAGAAGUGCCAGACUCCCUCCAGGCAGAAACUGAAGCUGAAGUGAAAAAGAAGAAGAACAAGAAGAAGAACAAAAAGGUGAAUGGUCUGCCUCCUGAAAUAGCUGCUGUUCCUGAGCUGGCGAAAUACUGGGCCCAGAGGUACAGGCUCUUCUCUCGUUUUGAUGAUGGGAUUAAGUUGGACAGAGAGGGCUGGUUUUCAGUUACACCCGAGAAGAUUGCUGAACACAUUGCUGGCCGUGUUAGUCAGUCCUUCAAGUGUGACGUUGUAGUAGACGCAUUCUGUGGAGUUGGAGGAAAUACCAUUCAGUUUGCCUUAACAGGAAUGAGAGUGAUUGCCAUUGAUAUCGAUCCUGUUAAGAUUGCCCUUGCUCGUAAUAAUGCAGAAGUUUAUGGGAUAGCAGAUAAGAUAGAGUUCAUCUGUGGAGAUUUCUUGCUGCUGGCUUCUUGUUUAAAGGCUGAUGUUGUGUUCCUCAGCCCACCUUGGGGAGGGCCAGACUAUGCCACUGCAGAGACCUUUGACAUUAGAACGAUGAUGUCUCCUGAUGGCUUUGAAAUUUUCAGACUUUCCAAGAAGAUCACUAAUAAUAUUGUUUAUUUUCUUCCAAGAAAUGCUGAUAUUGACCAGGUGGCAUCCUUAGCUGGGCCUGGAGGGCAAGUGGAAAUAGAACAGAACUUCCUUAACAAUAAAUUGAAGACAAUCACUGCAUAUUUUGGUGACCUAAUUCGAAGACCAGCCUCUGAAACCUAACUAUGCGGCAGUGCAAGGACAAAAGAUCAUGGAGUGGUCAGAACAUUCAGAUGAGACGUUUGGCAUGUCUUCCUUUAUUCACUGAGAUUUUCUACCCAUGGUCUUUUUUUUUUUUUUGAGACGGAGUCUUGCUGUGACCCAGGCUGGAGUGCAGUGGUGCGAUCUCAGCUCACUGCAAGCUCCGCCUCCUGGGUUCACGCCAUUCUCCUGCCUCGGCCUCCCGAGUAGCUGGGACUACAGGCACCCGCCACCGUGCCCAGCUAAUUUUUUGUAUUUUUAGUAGAGAUGGGGUUUCACCGUGGUCUCGAUCUCCUGACCUCGUGAUCCACCCUCCUCGCCUCCCAAAGUGCUGGGAUUACAGGCGUGAGCCACCGCGCCCAGCCUCUACCGAUGGUCUUGUAUCACCCUAUGAAAUGGAAACUUACAGGACUCAAAUAUCAGUGAAAUAUUUUGAGAUCUUUGAAUAAUUCCUUUUGAGGAAUUAUACAAAAUUAAUAUAUGAGUCCUUUGUAAUUUAUUUUUUUUGAGACAGGAUCUCACUCUGUCGCCCAGGCUGGAGUGCAGUGCCAUGAUCACAGCUCACUGCAGGUUCAACCUUCUGAGCUCAAGCAAUCCUUCUGUCUCAGUCUCCUCAGUAGCUGGGGCUUUAGGUGGGCACUGCCACACCGGACUAAUUUUUGUAUUUUUUGUAGAGAUGAGGUCCCACCAUGUUGCUCAGGCUGGUGUCAAACUCCUGGGCUCAGUCAGUCCGCCCACCUCACCCUCCCCAAGUGCUGGAAUUACAGGCGUGAGCUACUGUGCCCAGCCUUAUGGACGUCCUUUUGAAGCAUCUUUUUCACUCACAGAAUAUGAAUACAUUUAUUUAGACUUUUUCUAGAACUUUCCUGUUUUCAUGUCUUUGCUUCAUCUGGAAUUGGCUUAUUAACACCCUUUCAUAAAGUUUGUGUUUGUAAAAUUUCCAUUGUAACAUCAAUACGCAAUAUAUUUUGUAAUAUAGGAGUUUAUAUUUUUUUAUUAAAAUGGCAAUGAAAGCAAGAGGGAUAUGUGUUGCUUAAUUAUUCAUCUAGAAAGUUCAGUCAUUUUUACAAGUAGGCAAAAAAAUAGUGACAUACAACUCUGUCCAUUGAAGGUUAGACCUGGGACUUCUAUAUUUUAAUAAUAUGAGCGUGUUAAACAUUAAACAGAACAUGAUAUUGGCUGGGAUAAGAUUAGAGAAUUGAAAUAAAUUUGGGGAACUUCCAAUAAAUACUAGAAAAUUAGACUAGAAAAAUAGCUGUUAUAUAAAUAACUUUGUUGGAAUAUGCUAAUUUUAGUGUCUUGAAACUACAGUUUAUGUCUGAUUGCUCUGCAGUACAGUAGCAACCGAGCUGAUCAAUAAAGGUGAAAUUACUUUUUCA